UGGAUGUGAAUAAACGUGUAAUCCAACAAACUUUCAAAGUUGCUGCAUAUUUUCGAUAAGUGUGUGUUGUAAACAUGUGCUUACGGCUAAUAGUAAUUCUGUGAAAUUAGUCAAUAUCCGUUGAAAUAAGUGUUUGUAUUACUACAGGAAAAGAAUUUGUCUUAAUAAUUCCUUGGACAAGCAAAGUGCACAAUUAUAAUUAACAACUGACGCUAUGAGCUUCCGAGGAGGAGGUCGAGGUGGUGGUGGUUUUCGUGGAGGUAGAGGUGGUGGUGGUGGGGGUGGCGGCGGUGGAUUCCGAGGAGGUGGUCGAGGAGGAGGUCGUGGUGGGUUCAACAAUCGCGGUGGUUUUGGUAACCGGGAUGAUGGACCGAAGAAUAUAAUUCCGCUGGGGUACUACGACUACCCCUGCCAGGAGGAUCUGGUAGCCAAGGUAGAAGUUGAGAAUGUUCCAUUCUUCAAUGCGCCAAUCUAUAUCGAAGGAGAAAAACAGAUCGGGAAAGUGGAUGAGAUUUUCGGACACUUGCGCGAUUUUUACGUGUCGAUCAAACUGAUGGAAAACAUGAAGGUGGACGGGUUUCAACCGAAACAGAAGCUUUUCAUCGAUUCCGCAAAAUUGCUUCCAUUGGCAAGGUUCCUGCCAGGCAACAAUAAAAAACCUGCGGGACGCGUUGGUAAACCCGGUGGUGGCCGAGGAGGAGGUCCAGGACGCGGAGGACGUGGAGGAGGUGGCUUUAGAGGUGGACGGGGUGGUCCUGGGGGCGGUCGAGGUGGUGGUGGAGGCCGAGGGGGCGGUGGCGGAUUCCGGGGCAAUCGAGGUGGUGGUGGUGGAGGAGGAAAACGAUGGUAGUCUCAAAUAUCAUCUCACCCGUUUUCCAGGUGAAUGUAAUAUUAUUACACCACAAAUGAUGUUUAACAAGUCCUUAGUUUAUAAGAUAAUCGUAAGCACAGUGCGGAGGCAUUUGUUAAUCAACAUCACUCUUAUCUGUGGAAAAUAAACUUUGAAGUCCUUACAAUCAAAA